AUGGUGCAACGAACCCAGAAAGUGAUUGCUCUCAGAGGUACUAAGCAAGUUGGGCAAGUAACGUCAGCUGAAAGAGGGACGCUUGUAACGGUUUGCUGCGGUAUUAAUGCAUUGGGUAACUCAAUACCACCAUUUUUCAUAUUCCCACGGGUUAAUAUCAAAACAUAUAUGCUAAAUGAUGCCCCUGUUAGUUCAGAUGGAGCAGCACAUCCUUCAGGGUGGAUGACAUCACCAAAUUUUUUAAAAUAUAUUCACCAUUUCGCCAAACACGCAAAACCAACGCCUUCAUCGCCAGUUCUUUUGCUGCUGGACAAUCAUGAGAGCCAUAUUUCAGUACCAGUUCUCGAUUUUUGCAAACAAUCAGGCAUUGUUUUAAUGACUUUCCCACCACACUGCAGCCAUAAACUGCAACCUCUAGACCUGACUGUCUAUGGACCACUGAAAACUUAUUAUAACACUGCUGUAACAGAUUGGAUGGUAAGCAAUCCGGCCAAAACAGUAACAAUUUAUGAAAUACCAAAAUUAGCAGCAAAAGCCAUUCCACUAGCAUUCAAGUUGCAGAAUAUUCAAAGUGGAUUUGAAAAAUCUGGCAUAUGGCCAUUGAAUUCAAAUAUUUUCUCCGAUGAAGAUUUCGCUUGUUCUUUUAUAACUGAUCGCUGCUUGUCGGAAGAGGGUAAUGUUCCUUCAGAACAAUCUAUUUCAGACCAACCUGUCACUGAACAGCCUUCAACAGGGGAAAAUCAGAGUCUAGAGGAUCGUACAAGUUCAAAUGUGGAAGUCAUUGGGCCAUCUCAACUGGAAUCUCCCUCUACAAGUCAAAUUAGUGGCACUGUCAAUGUACGAGUAACGCGUAAUUGCAGGGUAUCGAACAGAAGAAGGGAAAAACUAGAAUAUUGA